GUGCACAACUGAUGCAUGCACUGAGCGCUCAUGCAUUGUCUGGAAGCGUCCCUGCCAAGUUAAAUAUAUUCGUGCGUUUUUCACUGAAGAAUCUGCCAGGUCACUUUGACGAGAACGGUUCUUUCACCAACUAAGCAGGUUCAGUGACGAAAGGCUGGCAGUCUUCUAAACUGCCGAGGCUACAAGGAUUAUGAUGGCAAAUUGCUUCAUGAUUUUCCACGUUCUCGUAUUAGCAUCGAUUAUCCGCGUCUAUCCUGUAGAAGCUGAGGCAUCAUCCGUGAUCAGUGGAGGUUCCGCAGCUGCAGCAACAGCUGCGACAGCAGCUGCAACAGCUCCUUCAGCCGAGAAAACUGCACCAGUGCUAGAAAAGCCUUUCGACAAUGCAGAAGAGAAAGUGAAAGAACUGGAGAGUAUAUUACACUAUAUUAAAAACAACAAUCAUCCUCGACAGUGCAGCGAUCUUUUACGUGCUGGUCAGCGGAAUGAUGGUAUAUAUACAAUAUACCACAACAAAGCACCUCAAGGACAGGACGUGUACUGCAACAUGAAAGCCGAUGGGGGAGGGUGGACGGUCAUACAAAGGCGUGGGCAGUUCAAGAAUAGAGUUUUCCACUUUUAUCGAAAUUGGACCGAAUACGCAAACGGGUUUGGAGACCCUUCACAAGAAUAUUGGAUUGGGAACGAAGCUUUGAAUGCCAUGACGUCCGGCAAAAGAGACAUGACCUUGCGCAUUGUACUGAGAAAUACUACGAGUGACAAGGUCUCGAUAUAUUACAGCAAGUUUCGUGUGUCUAAUGGUGCCAAGAUGUACCAGCUGGAAAUGGGUAAUUUCAUCGGGCCACAAGGAUGGGACGCAAUGAGGCACGCCGAUGGCCAGAAGUUUUCUACUUAUGACCAGGACAACGAUGUUUCAACGUAUAACUGUGCCGAGCAAUACCGUGGGGCCUGGUGGUACAGUGACUGCCACGCAUGCAACCCGAAUGGCCUCAAUUUAAAUGGAUACCAUGAAAGCUACGGCGAUGGCAUCGAGUGGAGCAUACGAGAACACACGGGAAAGUUGUACUACUAUUCGUAUCCGUAUAUGGAGAUGAUGAUCAGGCCUGCGCGCUUAUUGGAAGGGAAAGAGAAGGACCUCAAAUUUUUCCCGAAGCAAUGUGAGAAAGUUUGGAUAUUCGUAAAGGUGACCAGUGCCGAGGCAGCCACGAGAAAGAUGAGAAGCAGCUUCGUGGUUCUUCACGUUCUUAUAACGGCAUCAAUUUUUGUGGUUAAUUCGACAUCCGAAGUCAAAGGAAAUGAAAAUGCUGAAGAACUGAUAGAAGAACCCGAGGAGAAAGCGGGACGAAAACUUCAAGAGUUCCUGCAUUUGCUGCUCUACAUAAAAAAGUGCCGUCGACCUCGACAGUGCAGCGAUCUCCUGCGUUACGGUCAGCACAAGAGUGGUGUCUUCCGAAUUUUCCACAGAAAAGCCCUUUCCACAGGGCAGGACGUGUAUUGUGAUAUGGAAGCAGAUGGCGGAGGCUGGACGGUUAUUCAGAGACGUGGACAGUUCGGGAACAGAGUUUUCAAUUUUUACCGAGAUUGGAACGAAUACGCGCAAGGAUUCGGAAGUCCAAACCAAGAGUACUGGAUAGGGAACGAAGCACUGAACGCCUUGACUUCUGGCGCUAAAAAAAUGAGCUUGCGUAUCGUGCUCCGGAAUAGCACAGAACACAGUAUCAAUAUCUAUUACGGCAGUGUUAGUGUGGCUAGUGCUGAUGAGAAUUACACGAUACAUGUGGGAACUCUUCUUGGACCGCCAGGCUGGGAUGGAAUGAGACUUUGUGACGGCGAAAAAUUUUCCACUUAUGAUCGUGACAACGAUAAGAGUCCAGAUAGCUGCGCAAAAUUAUUUCGUGGUGGCUGGUGGUACAGGGCGUGCCAUGCGUGCAACCCGAAUGGCCUCAACCUCAAUGGUUAUCACGCUAGCUACGCCGACGGCAUCGAGUGGAGUGUGCAAGAACGCCUGAACAAUCUCUACCACUACUCAUAUCCCGCUAUGGAGAUGAUGGUUCGGCCGGCUCACAUUCUGGAAGGCAAAGAAAGUCAGCUCGAGUUUUUCUCGCGAAAAAUUCCAGACGAAGGCUUUUCAGAAGAAUUGGAAUGAAAGUAAAUAAACU